AACAGAGCAUAGCAUCUGUCAUCGCAGAGCUAAUGCCAUCAGCAUCACCGAUUCACCGAGAAUCAUGAGCAGCCAGCGCGUUCUAGUUUUGCCAUUUCCUGCUCAAAGUCAUGUCAAUUGUCUGAUGAUCCUCUCUCAAAAACUAGCCCAAAAUGGCCUCAAAAUCACCUUCGUGAACUCAGAUUUCAACCACAGACGUGUGGUGAACGCAAUGAAAACAGAGGAGGAAAGAGAGACGAAGUUGCCUUUGGAAUUAGUGUCAAUCCCAGAUGGUAUGGGCCCUGAAGAUGACAGAAACGACAUGGCUAAACUAAGUUUGGCAAUCUUGAGCACCAUGUCCUCAGAGUUUGAGAAGCUGCUUGAAGACAUUCAUGGCAGAGAUGGAAGAAGAAUCAGCUGUAUAGUCGCUGAUGUGAAUAUGGCGUGGGCCUUGGAAAUUGCACAUAAGCUGGGUAUUAAAGCUGCUGUCAUCUGCCCUACAUCUGCAGCUCUUUUUGCUUUUGAACUUCACAUGCCUAAGCUAAUUCAGGAUGGCUUGAUGGAUUCUGAUGGAAUGCCAAUAGUAAAAGGGGAAUUUGAGAUAUCACCAGAGAUUCCUAAGAUGAACACAGCUGACAUUGCAUGGUGCUGCAUGGGAGACUCAACAUCCCAAAAGCUUGUAUAUGAUUACAUUGCAAGGAUGAUAAGAACUUCACACUUAACUGAUUGGUGGCUUUGCAAUACCGUCUCUGAACUUGAACGUGGAGCCCUGUCGUUAUACCCCAAGAUCCUACCUAUUGGUCCAUUAAUGAAGACCCAUGAGAUCCAAACAAGUUCUUGGUCAUCACUUGGGCAGUUUUGGGAAGAAGACCUCUCUUGCUUGAGUUGGCUAAACCAGCAACCACCAUGUUCUGUCAUAUACAUUGCUUUUGGUAGCUUCACUAUGUUUGAUCAAACACAAUUCAAAGAGCUAGCUCUAGGACUUGAACUUACCCAAAAGCCUUUUCUUUGGGUUGUUAGGGAAGAUGCAUAUGGUAGAGACACAAAAGUGACAUACCCAGAUGAGUUUGAAGGCAAAAAAGGAAAAAUUGUUAGAUGGGUACCUCAACAGAAGGUGUUGAGCCAUCCUGCCAUAGCAUGCUUCGUUAGCCAUUGUGGUUGGAACUCAACUAUGGAAGGUUUGAGCAAUGGAGUGCCUUUCUUGUGUUGGCCAUAUUUUGCAGACCAAUUUUUUGACAAGACUUGUAUUUGUGAUUAUUGGAAGGUGGGACUGGGAUUUGAUUUAGAUGAUGACAAAGGACUAAUCUCACGCCAAGAAAUCAAGAAAAAGUUGACAUGCUGCUUCAAGAUGAGAGCAUCAGGGCAAGGUCUAUGAAUCUGAAAAAGAUUAUCAUGAAUAAUAUAAUAGAAGGGGGUACGUCAAUGAAGAACUUCAAGAAGUUCGUGAAAUGGGCUAAACAAUAAGAUGUUCUAUGUUGGAAAAUUUUGUAAUUUAUUUAAGGAAUCAAUUUUGUUUUGAAUAUUAAA